AGUUUUCUGCAAUGGACAUUCUGCAGUAAAAGUAUUGCGUUAAUUGUUUGGUAAUUCAUUCUCAUCAUGACAGACACAGUCUCAAAUAUCCCGGCUCCAGUCGUCGCAUCACCGACCGCCAAGAAGGCCCCAGCCAAAAAGAAGUUGUCAGCGUCUAAAGCCAAGAAGACCGUUGCACUGCAUCCGACUACAGCCGUUAUGGUCACUGCGGCUAUCCAUGAGCUCAAAGAGAAGAAAGGUUCGUCGUUGCCAGCCAUCAAAAAAUACUUGGCUGCCAAUUACAAAGUUGAUCCCGCCAAGUUAGCGCCGUUCAUUAGGAAAUUUUUGAAGGCUGCUGUCGCCAGCGGUGCCGUCGUCCAGACAAAGGGUACCGGCGCUUCAGGGCACUUUAAAUUACCAGUCACCGAGGCCAAACCUAAAAAACCCGUUGCAGCCAAAAAGAAGAAGUCAAUCGUGAAAAAAGUGAAAGUUGCCGGUUCACCUAAGAAAAAGAAGCUCGCAGCUGGCAAAAAACCAGCGACUGGCGAACCAGCCGCCAAGAAAGUGAAAAAGGUCGCUGCAUCCAAACCCAAGACGGCGCCGACAAAGGCUCCAGCCAAAGCAAAAAAGCCGGCGGUUACUAAACCCAAGACGAAAAAGACCCCAACCAAGAAAACCGCUGCUCCCAAAAAGAAGUAAACAAAAAAAUCUCACUACUUUCCUCUUUAAAACGGUCCUUUUCAGGACCACC